AUGGCCCUCCUCUGGAUCCCAGCCUCUUUCGCCCGUUGGAUUCGGCUGAAAAUAUAUCAGUAUGAGGUGACUUUUGCUGUAUACAUGCUCACACCAACCGAAAAGUUCAUUUUUAACUCCCUCCUCCUUACACUGAUCUCAAUGAUCAUCACCGCUAUUUACGUCUACCUCCCCGAUCACAUCAGGUCCAUCUACGGCCACCUCUACUAUUAUUGGGCUGGCGAACGUCCCUUCAUAUCCUCCGCCUUGCCAUCAAUCAGCUCGGUAUUCCGCGAGACCGGCACCCAGGCGCUAGAGGUCAUGUACGAGACAGCAAAAAUAAUGCUGCUGCUGCCACCGAUACGAUCCGCGAAUUAUAAGUUUCUUGACUGUUGGCAAUGGCGAGCGAUCCUAUCCUUUUUCCUUUCUCCUGUCUGGGCCGUGGCGGAUUGUGGCUAUCCGGUUUCUGUACAACUCAAGCGUGAUCCCAUCGGCGCCAUCUCUUGUGUGAUGCCCUUAUCAACAUACCUUGGAAUAAUUUCUACCUUUCCACCUCUUACGCAUUUCUGGUCCUUGAGCAUGGGUUGAGGUCUCAGCUUAGCAGCACUGCCUGCGAUGUCUGGACGCACCUUUUCCAUGCUGGCGUUGUGACGUUGUUCAUACGGAGUUUGAGCGAGUUGUUCCUGAGCAGGCCGGCGCAUCUUAGGAGUUCUUGUGUGCAUUCUUCGCUCUUUCUGCAAUUUGGCCUUCAGGGUUCCGAACAUUCAUAGCAGCGAAGCCUUGAUUAUUACUGUUCCGAUGAAAUACCCUUAACAGCGAAGUCAGCUUAAUUCUUUCCCCCAAGAUACCAUCGCUGUGG